GUCUGCCUAUGCAAUGGGUGAAUGGAUGCCUAAAAAUGCAUGGAAAGGCUAGCGAGACACACGGUUGUUCACAUCACGGCCAUGUGUCGUCUCGCUGAUGGAUCUUCUUGGAACAAGCCGCCGGCUGGGAACCCUCCGGGGAAGCCCGGGUCCGCUCCAACGCCCGCUGAAGUCCCUGGAAAGCUCCCCGCUGACUUCAUCCCAUCGCAAGUUCUCGGCGCCCCGGCACGGCCACCUGGGCUUCCUCCCGCACAAGAGAAGCCGUCGCCACCGCGGGAAGGUGAAGACCUGGCCUAAGGAUGACCCCAGCAAGCCGGUCCACCUGACGGCCUUCCUGGGCUACAAAGCGGGCAUGACGCACACCUUGCGAGAAGUGCACAGGCCGGGGCUGAAGGUGUCCAAGAGGGAGGAGGUGGAAGCGGUGACGAUCGUGGAGACCCCCCCGCUGGUCGUGGUGGGGCUGGUGGGCUACAUCCACACGCCCCGUGGGCUCAGGAACUUCAAGACCAUUUUCUCCGAGCACAUCAGCGACGAGUGCCGGCGGCGCUUCUACAAGAACUGGCACAAGAGCAAGAAGAAGGCCUUCACCAAGUACUGCAAGAAGUGGCAGAGUGAGGAUGGGAAGAAGCAGCUGGAGAAGGACUUCGCUGCCAUAAAGAAGUACUGCAAGGUCAUUCGGGUCAUCGUACACACGCAGAUGAAGCUGCUGCCGCUGCAGCAGAAAAAGGCCCACGUGAUGGAGAUCCAGCUGAACGGCGGGACGGUGGCCGACAAGGUGGACUGGGCACGUGAGAGGCUGGAGAAGCAGGUCUCUGUGCACACGGUCUUCAGCCAGAACGAGAUGGUCGAUGUCAUCGGGGUGACCAAGGGGCGCGGGAUGAAAGGGGUGACAAGCCGGUGGCACGCCAAGAAGCUCCCGAGGAAAACCCACAAAGGCUUACGCAAGGUUGCCUGCAUUGGAGCCUGGCACCCAGCCCGGGUUGGCUACUCCAUCGCCCGAGCUGGCCAGAAGGGCUAUCACCAUCGCACGGAGCUCAACAAGAAGAUUUACCGCCUCGGCCGCGGGGUCCACGUAGAGGACGGCAAGGUGGUGAAAAACAACGCCGCGACCAACUAUGACGUGACUGAGAAGACCAUCACGCCGCUGGGAGGAUUCCCUCGCUACGGCGAAGUGAACAAUGACUUCGUCAUGCUGAAGGGCUGCGUGGUGGGCACCAAGAAGCGGGUGCUGACUCUCAGGAAGUCCCUUCUGGUUCACACAAAACGCCGGGAGCUGGAAGCCGUUGAGCUGAAGUUCAUCGAUACCACUUCCAAGUUCGGCCACGGCUGCUUCCAGACGGCGCAGGAGAAGAGAGUGUUCAUGGGCCCCCAGAAGAAACACUUGGUGAAGGGGAAGCAGGAAGCCCAGGAAGAGCUGUAAGGAACGUUAACCCAUGUCCACCCUCGUUGUGCAAAGACCCUUCCAAUAAAGGGACUGCAAAGCC